AUGGGGAUAACUCGGAAGAGACUCUCUUUGAGCCCGAGGAGCCGCUCCAAACCCCCCUCCAGGAGAACGUGCAAGAGGUCGUAUGGACAGAUUUACGGUCAGGUCCUGCUUAGCCCUCCUCAUCGAGACCCUCUCAAGGAGUUACUCGACGACUCGCGCCCCACGCUCGACUGCUGGGACACUGCUAGAGCGCCCGUUUGGAUCAUCCGCGCACGGCUGCAAAGGGCAUUCCCGCACCUCAGGCUCAUCAGUCCCCCCGGUCCUUUCCGGUUGGGGCUGUGC